AUGACGAAUAUAAAGCAUGGUCACAAAAUACAUCAUCAUUCUAGUUCCAAUUCUUCCACUACAUCAACAAAAAACAAUUCACCCAAAUUAACCGAAUCAAAGACUACAUCACCAAGACCAGAACCAACAAUUAUCAAAAGAAGAAAUUCAUCAUUUGCUAAUUCAUCAUCUCCAUGGUUUAGAAGAAAUUCAUUUUUAUCACCUACAAUGAUUCAAAAUGAAAAUUUUAAUGUUUAUGAAUCAAAUAAUAAUUUUUAUAAUCCUAACUACAACAAUAAUAAUGGUAAUGGUUUUAGUCAUAAUUAUUCAAUUAUAUCAUUAAGAGAAUGUCAAGGUUUUUUAUUUAAUCAAGAUUUAUUUGCUAGUCCUUAUCAACAAGUUAGAUCACAAGCUAAUGAAAGAAGAAUAUCAUCCACAUCAGCCACAAUUAAUAAUAACACAACUAAAAAUAAAACUAAAACUAGAAGACAUACUAGUUAUCAUUCACCAAGACCAACAUUUACAAAUAAAGAUGAACCUAGUAAAAACAAAAACAACAAUACAGCUAUAGAUGAUGAUGAAGACGAUGAUGAAAUGCAUGAUGCAUAUGAAAAUGCAUUUGAAGAAGAUGAUGAAGAUAUGGAAGAAAUGGAUGAUGAGGAUGAUGAAGAAGAAGAAGAAGAAGAUGAAGAUUAUAGUGAAAUGCAUGGGUAUGGUGGUGAUUAUAAUAAUAGGCGAUAUAAAGUCAAAGUUACUGAUAUUUAUAUUGAUGAAAAUGAAAUAGAUAUUUUUCCAACGUGA